CGGCCGGCCCAGCGGGAGCGGCGCGCGGCGGCGGCGGAGGCCGGUUGCGGCAGGCUCGUGAGCGCGAGGCAGGUGCCGCCCGGGGCUGCUCUCCUGUGCGGCCGCAGACCCGCGUCGCCAUGAAGCCGGUGUGGGGGCUCGCUCUCGCGUGCACUCUGCUCCUGGCCGCAUCGGUUAGAGCUGAUGAGGUGGAUGUGGAUGGGACUGUGGAAGAUGACUUGGGUAAAAGCAGAGAAGGGUCUCGAACAGAUGAUGAAGUUGUUCAGAGAGAGGAAGAAGCUAUCCAGCUAGAUGGUCUAAAUGCAUCUCAGAUAAAAGAAAUCAGAGAAAAAUCUGAAAAGUUUGCAUUUCAAGCAGAAGUUAACAGAAUGAUGAAACUUAUUAUCAAUUCUUUAUAUAAAAAUAAAGAGAUUUUCUUGAGGGAACUUAUUUCAAAUGCUUCUGAUGCUUUAGAUAAGAUACGGUUAAUUUCCUUAACUGAUGAGAGUGCUCUUGCUGGUAAUGAGGAACUUACAGUCAAAAUCAAGUGUGAUAAAGAGAAGAACAUGCUUCAUGUUACAGAUACGGGUAUUGGCAUGACAAAAGAGGAGUUGAUUAAAAACUUGGGUACCAUUGCGAAGUCUGGUACAAGUGAAUUCUUAAACAAGAUGACUGAAAUGCAGGAUGAUAGCCAAUCAACAUCCGAGUUAAUUGGCCAGUUUGGUGUUGGCUUUUAUUCCGCUUUCUUAGUAGCGGACAGAGUUAUUGUUACAUCAAAACACAAUAAUGAUACGCAACAUAUUUGGGAAUCAGACUCAAAUGAGUUCUCUGUGAUUGAUGACCCAAGAGGUAACACUUUAGGACGUGGCACAACCAUAAGUCUUGUCUUGAAGGAGGAAGCGUCAGACUACCUUGAGCUGGAUACUGUUAAAAAUCUAGUCAAGAAAUAUUCACAGUUCAUAAACUUCCCCAUAUAUGUGUGGAGCAGUAAGACAGAGACUGUUGAAGAACCCAUUGAGGAGGAAGAGGAAGCAAAGGAGAAAGAAGAAACAGAUGAUGAUGAAGCUGCAGUGGAGGAGGAGGAGGAGGAAAAGAAACCAAAAACUAAAAAGGUUGAAAAGACUGUUUGGGAUUGGGAGCUUAUGAAUGACAUAAAACCAAUCUGGCAGAGACCUUCUAAAGAGGUCGAAGAAGAUGAAUACAAAGCUUUUUACAAAACCUUUUCCAAGGAUCAUGAUGAUCCUAUGGCUUACAUCCACUUCACUGCUGAAGGGGAAGUAACUUUCAAAUCCAUCCUGUUUGUUCCUAAUUCUGCUCCACGUGGCCUGUUUGAUGAAUAUGGAUCCAAAAAAAGUGACUUCAUAAAGCUGUAUGUUCGAAGAGUAUUCAUCACAGAUGAUUUCCAUGAUAUGAUGCCUAAAUACCUUAACUUCGUUAAGGGUGUUGUGGAUUCUGAUGAUCUUCCUCUGAAUGUAUCUCGUGAAACACUUCAGCAGCAUAAAUUGCUAAAGGUGAUCAGAAAGAAACUUGUUCGCAAAACCCUUGAUAUGAUCAAGAAAAUAGCAGAAGAAAAGUACAAUGACACGUUCUGGAAAGAAUUUGGUACUAAUGUAAAGCUUGGAGUGAUUGAGGAUCACUCCAAUCGUACACGACUGGCUAAACUGCUUCGCUUCCAGUCUUCUCAUCAUGAAAGUAACCUUACAAGCCUUGACCAGUAUGUUGAAAGAAUGAAAGAGAAACAAGACAAGAUCUAUUUUAUGGCAGGUGCCAGCAGGAAGGAGGCAGAGUCCUCACCAUUUGUUGAACGUCUUCUGAAAAAGGGCUAUGAAGUGAUCUAUCUGACUGAACCUGUAGAUGAAUACUGUAUUCAGGCUCUGCCAGAGUUUGAUGGCAAGAGGUUUCAGAAUGUGGCUAAAGAAGGAGUUAAGUUUGAAGAAAGCGAAAAAUCCAAGGAGAGUCGGGAAGCCUUGGAAAAGGAGUUUGAACCACUUUUAAACUGGAUGAAAGACAAAGCCUUAAAAGACAAGAUUGAAAAAGCUGUGCUAUCUCAACGUUUAACCCAAUCUCCAUGUGCACUUGUGGCUAGUCAGUAUGGAUGGUCUGGUAACAUGGAAAGAAUCAUGAAGGCUCAAGCCUACCAAACUGGCAAGGAUAUAUCUACAAACUACUAUGCUAGCCAAAAGAAGACAUUUGAAAUAAACCCUAGGCAUCCACUGAUAAAGGACAUGCUGAGGCGAGUCAAGGAGAAUGAAGAUGACAAAACGGUUUCGGAUCUUGCAGUAGUAUUGUUUGAAACUGCAACUUUGAGAUCAGGAUAUAUGUUACCAGACACCAAGGAAUAUGGAGAUAGAAUAGAAAGGAUGCUUCGUUUAAGUUUAAACAUUGACUUGGAUGCAAAGGUGGAGGAAGAGCCUGAGGAGCCUGAAGAUGCAGCUGAGGAGGAGGCAGAGCAAGAUGAAGAACAGGUGGAUGCUGAAGAAACUGAAACACAGAAGGAAUCUACAGAUGUGAAAGAUGAACUGUAAACUACAUUCAACUGUCAUCCUGUGUUGGGAGUUAGGGAAUGUGAAUUAGAUUGUUCUGGUUUUUUUUUUUCCACUGUAAAAUGCUGAGGGAUGGUAUGGGGUUAGGGCAAAGGAGGAUUUUUUUUUAAGUUGACUUUUCUAAAAACAUUCCUCACGAAUGUAAAUUUGUACUAUUUAACUGACUUCUUGGUGUAAAAUCUUGCCAUGUACAAAAUAAAAUGUUCCCAAACACCAUGUUAACCCUCUAAAUUUCACAUAGCAAGCUCAUCUUGUGGGUUACUACUGAGCAGAAUUGAUGGGUUUGUCUUGAUUUGCUUGAGUGUUCAGGUCUGCACAACAGGAAGCUUGCUGUGGUGAUUCAGCAGUCUUUUCAGACUGUUGUGAGUCACUUUCACUGCUGUAUGCCUGUGGCCAGGUGUUAAGCCUGCCAUGCUUUUGAGCUAGAAUAAUCUGAUGUUUGUGAACUACAUUUUAGGGAGACUCUGUAGAAUGAGUAUUCAGAAGUUAUGUAACUACUGUCAUCUUGAAAUAAGAGAGAGGGCAUUUAAAAAUAGAUACUGUGUUGGAACUGAAGUCCUGCUGCUUAGCAUGAAAGGUAGUAUUGUAAAGGAAGUGUGGUUGUAGCAGCCUUUCUGAAGUUCACUGCCUAUGUAGGGUAGCACUGAACUACAUAAUGGACAGUGGUGGCCUUUGAGACAAGUGAGAAUGAUCUCCAUCCAUUAAACAUGUGAACAGACAGAAAAGUGGCUUACUAUGUGUGCCUGUGCUGUUACUGUUUAGUAACACUGCCUUGUUCCUGUGUUGUUCACCUAAGAAAUACAUUAGUUCUGCUUUCUACAAAUGUGGAGUUCUUGGCUGUGACAGUUACUUCUUAACACUGUUCCCAGACUCGUUACUCUUGUUCUUAUGUGUUUUUAGUAUGACUAAGCACUAUAAAUGCUUAGUCUAACUCAAGCUACAGCUGCUGAUACCAAAUGGAAUAAUAUGGCAACAAGCAAGAUUGGAGGCACCAUUUCUAUUUUGUUAGCUUUUAUGUGGUGUUUGCAUAAAGCACUGCAUUUUUCACUAGUGCCUCUACUUUAAAACAGAUUUUCACAGGGUAGGUAGAAAAUGUUUACAUGGAAGUUUUUCUGCCUUGCUCUGAAGCUCAUAGAAGUAGUACUCCUGUGCAGCAACUCUAAUGACUUGGAAGAGUGAAUCUUAGGCAUCUGUGACUUAAGUUCAGACUGAAGUCUGAACUUAAAUAAGCUAUUCUAAUUAAGUUCAAACAGUGGCCUAAGGAACUUCUACUCUAUAUUGCCCAAAUAAUUUUGUUCCCUUGCAAUAAAUACACUGCACUUGUAUCAGCAUGGUUAUGGAGUUAGGGUUCAUACAGAGUUGUUUUAAAAAGUACGCUAUUUGAGACUUCCAGGAAUGGGAGCUUUGUGUGUGGCUUUUUUUCAGGAUUCUUCUUUUGUUCUCACUGCAGUAGUCUUAGGUAUUGUUUAUAACAUGGCUCUUGUAUAAGCAUCUGAGUGGUCUAACUCCAAAAGUAUAGUUCAGCAGCUAGCAAUAUGUUGGCUUUAAUAGCAGUCUUCGUUAGGUUUUCAGAUAGCGUAGGAGCACCAUCAACUCUUAAAGUACAGUCCUCUUAGAAAAAGAGUGCAACUUUCUUUGUGCUCUGUAGCAAUCAACUGCUCCUGAGAUUUUUGACUUACAGAACACAGAGCAUUAGAGUUUGGAAUGUAAAGAAAAAUCCCCUACAAUGUUAAAUAUACAUUCACAACUCGAGUGGAUGUGUAAUCAACAUCCACCCUUAGUUAUGUUUGACCAGCUUGAGCAGCGUAUGUGACUUACUUACAUCUACUAUAUGUAUAAGAGCUUUAUAAUAGCUGACAGUUCUAGAAAGAAUAUUGGAAGCAUAAUUGUUUGCUACAGAACUCUAAAUCUGUUAAUUAUUUGUCCACUUCUAGCAACCUUCGCUCUGUUCCACAGUUGAAGUUCUCAAUGCCUUGGUUUCAGGAUGCCAUGUCUGAUUCAAUUUCAGAACUAAUAAAAGCACACUUUGAGGGUCA